CCAAUUUUUGUUGCGUAAAGUUGACGAAGUGUGUCCACAGUGCAAGUGCAAGUCCCCGAUUGCGAGUGCUGUUCCGGGAUCACAAACGAGCAUCCUUCUUCGGCCUCACGAUUGACGCCUUCUACCGCUUCCUGCGCCAGGCGCUGCCGCUGGCCAGGGAGGCCGCGAUCCACCUGAAUGGCAGCAACGAGAUCUCCGCAGUCGGCGCCGGGGUCACCAUCACUGGGACACCCGGCGAUCUACUCAACUACAGCGGGCUGGAAUUGGAUCUCGGAUUGGAUCUGAAUCUGGACAUGGACCUAGCCACCACUCCCAGCAGCAGCACCUUGGCGCCGGCCGUAACCGGCAGGACAGAGGGAAACAGGAGCGUGGUGCGGGUCAGUGCCGAUGUGCCCAUCUGGGUGGUGCCCUGCUAUUCGGCCAUCCUGCUGUGCGCCGUGGUCGGGAACCUGCUGGUGGUGCUAACGCUCGUCCAGAAUCGUCGCAUGCGCACCAUCACCAACGUUUUCCUGCUCAACCUGGCCAUCUCGGACAUCCUGCUCGGCGUAUUCUGCAUGCCGGUGACCCUGGUCGGCACUCUGCUGAGGCACUUCAUCUUCGGCGAGCUGCUCUGCAAGCUCAUCCAGUUUGCUCAGGCCGCCUCCGUGGCCGUUUCCUCCUGGACACUGGUGGCCAUCUCCUGCGAGCGCUACUACGCCAUCUGCCAUCCGCUGAGGUCGCGCACCUGGCAGACGAUCAACCACGCCAACAAGAUCAUCGCCAUCAUCUGGCUGGGGAGUCUGGUGUGCAUGACGCCCAUCGCCGCCUUUAGCCAGCUGAUGCCGACCAGUCGACCAGGACUUCGCAAGUGCCGCGAGCAGUGGCCUGCGGACAGCCUCAACUACGAGCGGGCCUACAACCUGUUCCUGGACUUGGCCCUGCUGGUCCUCCCGCUGCUGGCUCUGAGCUUCACCUAUCUGUUCAUCACCCGCACCCUGUACGUAAGCAUGCGCAACGAGCGAGCCAUGAACUUUGGCAGCAGUGGGCCGGAGGUCACCUCCUCCUCCGCCGCUGUCGCAGGAGCCGGCAGCCAGAGACGCGCCAACGGAAGCCACUGUCAGUCCCUCGACACGAUUGUGCCACACCAGCACAAUCCCCACCAGCAGCACCACCACCAUUCCCAGUACUACUAUGAUUACGGCCACUGUGGCAGCAAACGUCGAUUGAUCGGCGGAGGAGGUCCCUGCGAAGGAAGGAGGCAUCUGUACUGCAUGCGGAGCGCAUCCGUGAAGUCCCUGCGCCAUCAGCAGAUCAACGGAGGAGGAGGAACCCUAAGCGGAACGGGAGCUGGAAAUGGUGAGUGCUGCAGCCGGGUGCACAGAAUGCGCCACCAGAUGCAGCUUCAGCAGCAGGGAUACGUGAGCGACAAUGAGUCCCGGCGCAAGUCCUUGUCGCAGCCCAGUCUGCGGAUCACGGAGGCGGGACUGCGGAGAUCCAAUGAAACCAAGAGUCUGGAGAGCAAGAAGCGUGUGGUCAAGAUGCUGUUCGUCCUGGUCCUGGAGUUCUUCAUCUGCUGGACCCCGCUGUACGUGAUCAACACAAUGACCAUGCUGCUGGGGCCGACGGUGUACGAGUACGUAGGCUACACCUCCAUCAGUUUCCUCCAGCUGCUGGCCUACUCCUCCAGCUGCUGCAAUCCGAUCACCUACUGCUUCAUGAACGCCAGCUUCCGGCGCGCCUUCGUGGACACCUUCAAGGGGAUGCGGGUGUGCGAGCGGCUGUGCGCUCCCUGCUGCUUCUGGCGGCGACGCUCCAAGAACGAGACGAACCUGUCGGUGGCCGGCAACUCGAUUGCGCUGGCCAACUCGGUCAUGUCCAGCCACACGAUCCUGGAGAGUCCGCGACUCUGAGCCAGCCGCCUCCGACGGCAGAUGGCCGAGUCGGAGUCACUUUAGGUUACCAAUGGGUACGGAUCGGGAGCGCCAAUAUGUGAUGAUGCAAUGUAACUGCAAUAGAAACUGUGGUUGUAAACGACA